AAAGAGGAAGGGUUGGUUCAAGCCCCACAGGAAGAUUUCACAACUAAAAAUCACCUUGACACUAUCCGAUUGGAACCUGAAGUGUAGUGUAACCUGCGCCAUUGAUGAGGAUCUCACAAUUUAGGAGGAAAUUCCAACCAAAACAGAAAAACAGUGUUUGACGGAGUUAACAUGUUUAAAAGAGCCGGGAUUCCAGAAAUUAUUCGAUCACAUCAGAAAGAUGAUUUUUAUUUGAACUUUCUUAGAUCUUCAGUUACAGAUAUUGCUCAGACAUUGGCAGGUCCGAGAAGAUGGAUAUACUGGAGACGAGAGCUCGAUGUUUUGGCUGACCUCGGCUAUUUCCUGCUGACCACAUUUUCAGGUUUGCAGACAGUCGGAGAGGAAUAUGUGAACAUCAUUCAGGUGGAUGGUUCUCUGAGGAAACUGCCAGUCACAUGGAAACGUGUUCUCAUGAUCACUCUGCAUGUGUUGGGUCCAUACGCUCUGCGGAGAGUGCUGGAAAACCUGGAGCGCCACCUACAGACCGCGUCUCUUGACGUCUCGGAGGAAUCACAGCAGUUCCUCCUGCGUUCGAUACCAGUGUUAAAACACAUGAUCACCAUCUUACAUCGGAGCCACCUCGCCGUGUUCUAUCUUCACGGAGCAUUCUACCACCUCGCUAAGCGGAUCUCUGGAGUUCAUUAUAUUCAGUACAUGUCACACCAAAGGACGACAUCCAACACAAACAGAACUUUCCAAAUCCUCGGCUGGCUGUCCUUGGCACAGUUGGCAGGAAGUCUGGUGCUCCAGUUGUACACUUUGUGGAAACUACAACAGAAGACAGUUGAUCAAACUGAUGCAUCAGCGUUAAGUCACAGAACCUCGGAACUGAACGUUGUUCCGCCUGUUCGGAAGUGUUCCCUGUGCCUGGAGUCGAGAAGAUCCACGACCACCACCCCGUGCGGCCAUCUCUUCUGCUGGGCCUGUAUUCACGAGUGGUGUCAAACCAAGGCUGAAUGUCCGCUGUGCCGAGAACGAUUUCCUCCUCAUAGACUGGUUUGCUUAGUGAACUUCGAUCCAACAUAACCAUUGGUCUGUUGUUAGUUAAAGUGCAAUAAAUGUUUAUUUUUAAUCA